CAUAUUAGUGUAGGUAUGAUGAUAUGUAAGUCAUAUACAACUCAAAUCAAGGUUUGUAUGAAACAGUUCAUAAUUUUUUUAAUUAUAUGUGUGCAUUUGAUAACUUCGUCUGAAUUAGAGAUAAAAAUUAAAAAUGGAGUAUUAAGAGGAAAAUUUUAUCAAUCAAGACAUGGCCGAGAGUAUUUAUCAUUUACCGGUAUACCCUAUGCCAAACCACCAAUUGGUGAACUUAGAUUUAAGGCCCCCCAACCGUGUGAACCAUGGACAAAUAUUUUUGAUGCAACACAAAUAAUGAAAAAAUGUAUUCAAAAGAAAGUUGGUGUUGGAAGUGAAGACUGUUUAUACCUUAAUGUUUAUUCACCAAUAACAAAUGAAAAAUGGUUACCUGUAAUGGUUUGGAUUCAUGGAGGUUCAUUUAAAGUAGGAUAUGGAGGUCCAGACAGAUUUGGACCAAAAUAUUUUAUGGAUAAAGACAUAAUUAUAGUUUCAAUAAAUUAUAGACUAGGUGUAUUAGGCUUUUUGAGCACUGAAGACGAUGUUAUAACAGGAAAUUUUGGUUUGAAAGAUCAAGUAAUGGCUUUGAAGUGGGUACAAGAAAAUAUACGUUCAUUUAAUGGAGAUCCAGAGCGUAUAACGAUUUUUGGUGGUAGUGCAGGUGGAGUUUCUGUAGGAUUGCAUUUGCUAUCUUCGAUGAGUAAAGGACUUUUUCAUAGAGCAAUACUUCAAAGUGGAACACCAUUAUGCUUUUGGGCAGUAUCUCAACCAGGACUAAUAAGAAAACGAACAGAAGCUUUAGCUACAAUUGCAGGAUGUGCUUUUGAAAGUUCUGAAGAAAUACUAGGUUGUCUUAAAAAUCUUUCAGCUGAUAUGUUUAUUGAUCUUGAAACAAAGUUAAUGACAUGGCAUCAUCAAGCUUUUGUUUUUAAACCUGUUGCUGAGGCGUGUAAUCCAAAACAUGAUGGUUUUUUGUGUCAUCAUCCUCUAAAAGAAUUGAAAAUCAUAUCUGAUGUACCUGCUAUUGUUACAUUUACUUCUGAUGAAGGAGGAAUGAUCGUAUCAUCUUUGUAUAAUGAUACCUCUUUGAAAUAUCCAGAGUUUAAUAAAAACUUCAACAGAUUAUUGCCGUUAGUUCUUGGCUAUGAUGGUUUGGUGACACAAGAUAAUAUUGAAGAUAUUGGAAAACGUGUUAUGAAACAUUACUUUCCAUCUAAUAAUGUUAACGAUGGCAGUCAUUUUAAUGCUAUCAAAAUGUUUGGAGAUGGAGGAUUUGUAUAUGGUGUCAUGGCUAUGGCUUACAGAUGGACAGCUCCGUUGUAUGUUCUUGAAUAUGCCUACCAGAAUCAAUAUUCAUUCAAUGAACUAUGGGGAUCUAUAGAAAAACCUUUAGGAAUAACUCAUAACGACGAAACAACUAGUUUGUUUAGAGCAUAUGUGUUAAAUGAAAAAGAGCUUAAUGAACAAGAUACUAAAGUGUCAAAGUUAAUGAUAAAUAUAUGGAGCCAUUUUGCAACUACUGGAACACCAACUAUAAAUGGAACGCAAGAAGGAAUUAUUUGGCCUUCCUUUAAUUUAUUAAAUACUAGUAUGAUACUUCGUAUGGAUUCGGACAAACCGAAAAUUACAAAUAAUAAGUUCAAAGAUGUUUAUGAUUUCUGGAAUAAUUUGCCAAUUUUAAGUCGUUUACAUAAUGAUUUGACAAAAUAGUUAAUGUUUUAAUAACGUAAUUAAUCCGUUUAUUUGUUUUUAUGAUUUUAAGUUUUCAUUCUUUAUUAUAGUUACUCACCAAAAUAAUUCAAGUUGUUUUUAUGAAAAUUUCAAUUAAAACUGAUAUUUAUGAUAAAAUCAAAUUUUGAAGAACAUUUUUUUUAAAAGUCAAAAUUUAAUUUUGUAUUAAAACUUAUUUAAUGUUUAGGAUUUAAAAAAAAAUU